CGCGCCGCCGCAUUCUUCCCGUCAGCCAUUUUAGAUCGGAAUCAGCCAGGCGGCGCCAUUAAAAGUGCGAGAAAGGAAGGAAGUAAAGCCGGAGACCUCCCGUUUCCUUCCCCUGUGGAGAACACUGCUUUUUUUAUUCUCCCCCCCCCACCCCUUCAGCGGCAUAUUUAUUUCUCUUUCCCCGGUUCGAAACCGGCCCGCCGAGUCUCUUUUUUUUUUUAACCCAGCCGGGGAAACCUCCCCUCAUGUCGGACGACCAGUUCGCCGGAGACGAAGCGCUGGCGGAGGCUUCGGAAGAGAGCGAGCAGCUCGAAGGGAUCCUGGCUCCCGGCGGCGAUGGCAUGGAAGAGGCCGAGGGAGGAGGAGGUGAAGGAGAAGGCGGAGGGGGAGGCGGCGGCGGCGGCGGCUCAGGCGAAUCGGAAGGAGCCAAAAUCGACGCCAGCAAGAACGAGGAGGAUGAAGGAAAAAUGUUCAUCGGCGGCCUUAGCUGGGAUACUACAAAGAAGGAUCUUAAGGAUUACUUCACAAAAUUUGGUGAAGUUGUAGAUUGCACUCUGAAGUUAGACCCAAUUACAGGGCGGUCAAGAGGCUUUGGCUUUGUGCUGUUUAAAGAAUCUGAGAGUGUGGAAAAGGUCAUGGAUCAGAAAGAGCACAAACUGAAUGGCAAAGUGAUUGAUCCUAAAAGAGCUAAAGCAAUGAAAACAAAAGAACCAGUGAAAAAGAUUUUUGUGGGUGGCUUAUCUCCAGAUACACCAGAAGAGAAAAUAAGGGAAUAUUUUGGAGGUUUUGGUGAGGUGGAAUCAAUAGAACUUCCUAUGGACAACAAAACCAAUAAGCGCAGAGGAUUUUGCUUCAUUACUUUCAAAGAUGAAGAACCAGUGAAGAAAAUCAUGGAGAAAAAAUAUCAUAACGUUGGUCUUAGUAAAUGCGAAAUAAAAGUAGCAAUGUCAAAAGAGCAAUAUCAGCAGCAACAGCAGUGGGGAACUCGAGGCGGAUUUUCUGGAAGAACCCGUGGCCGUGGUGGAGGCUCCAGUCAAAGCUGGAACACAGGAUACAAUAAUUAUUGGAACCAGGGGUACGGCAACUAUGGAUACAACAGUCAAGGUUAUGGCGGCUACGGAGGCUAUGACUACACCGGCUACAAUAACUAUUAUGGAUAUGGAGAUUAUAGCAAUCAGCAGAGUGGUUACGGGAAGGUAUCUCGGCGAGGAGGCCAUCAAAACAGCUACAAACCCUACUAAAUUAUUCCAUUUGCAGCCUAUUGCAGACAGGUAUGUUCCGCAUUUGUAAAGCCGCAUUCUAAGUCUAACUUCGUUAAUUAAUAGUAGUUUUCUCAAAAACUUUGUGUAAGAUACUAUAUAAUAAUGUUUUAAAAUUUUACAGCACCCAGAAGUGCUUACCGUAAUGUAACAUAGUGACUUUGAAGAUAAGUAACCCAGGUCCUCUUAAGCUUUUACCUUUUGCCCUGUAAAAUUAACAAGUCAGUAAAGUUAACAGGUAAAGUACUGCUAAUGGGUACAAAUUAAGGAAUUGCCGCGAACUAGUAUUGCCUACUAACUCUGAUAUUAUACCUUGUUUGUACCCGCCAGCGGGAACUUCCUUGCAGGCCCUGUGUCGCGCUGACUUCCCGAUUCUCACAGGCCCGCUCAAUGCGGACAGGGUACGAGAUGCUCACGCUCUCGAAUGCUGCCGUUUGGUAUGGUCUCUUCCAACAUCCUGUAUCAGCCUUAUAAUAAAAUGGAUACUUCAAGCUUUGCCUUCACUUAUUUCUUUGCUUGUAAAACAAAACUCCUCGUAAUAUAAUUUUAAUGCAUUUUUUACAGGCCCAGUAAUGGUUAAAUACGUCAGCUUACUGAAUAAUUUUAACUGUUUGUUCUUCUAAGGAUACAGCUUGUCUCUGGAUUUUCCAGUAUUAAUUUUAUAUUUUAUUAAUCUAUUUUAAUGCUUGCUUUUCCCAUUUUUAUAGACACUGUUGUAGCAGUAAUUGCAAGAUGUUCUUGAGCUGAAGUCCUGUUGUGACAACUUCUCUAACUUUUCAAUAUAUACAUAUAUAAAUAUAAAUAUAUAUUUAUAGAUUCACACACCCCUAUUUACGUCUUAUAUAGUAGACUAUUAACUCUUUUUCCUCAUUGCAUUCUUCUUAAAUGGACAAAUAGUGCUGUUUAGCUGCCCAGCAUAAGUCUUUAAUAGAGGUCUUGGGCCAAAAUAGUCACCACCCAGCUACAACCUAGUGGUGGUUGAGAAUUAAAGGUUUGCGGAGAUGCUUUAUGGCAUUUUGUGAAGUAAAUAAAUAAAUAUCUCUUGAGCAAUUUCAGAUGUGGAAAGAUCCUUUUCCAAACCGUGGUGCACAUGUGGAUUUCCAGCUCAUGGACUCUCCUGUUCAGCUUUAAUAUAAAAAGCAUAUUUGAUUAAUGUUGAUACUAUAUUUACGUAGUGGGAAGUAGGGCUAUCUAAGCAGUUUUCUGUUAAACUUUGGCUACCUUGUUGGUCUUCCCAAACUGACUUGUUUUUCUUUCUCUCUAGGUGGACAAGCAGUAUUCUCCACUGGAAGAUUCAUUUUGAGGCGGCCCAUGCCGCCUGCUAACCGCAGUCAAACUUAAAAAAAAAAAAAAUUGUAUCAAGUCACUGAAUUGAAAGUAAGAUGUGGGUCCCCUCUGACGUUUGAUUGCACAGAAUUGUUUCACCGUCUUAUAUUUUUUAAUUGCUAUGCUUAAGGAAUCAACUUGACUUAUGCCCCGUUCCCAUUUUGUUCCCAGUAUUGUAGAGCAGGUCUUGUGUUUUAAAGCCCAGUGUGACAGUGUCAUGAUGUAGUAGUGUCUUACUGGUUUUUUAAUAAAUCUUUUUGUAUAAA